AGUGACUCGAAGUGAGCGUUUCUUUUUGUCUAUGGUAGGGUUGGAAUGGAAAUGGAAGAUAGCCAUUUGUCUGAUAACCAAACAAUAGAAAAUAUUGGCUUUACGUGUGCAAUUUUUAGCUUAAAACGAUUAAUCUGUGAAUAUUAGACAAUAUCCAGGUGUUUCCUGGACCCAGAACGCUGCCAAUGGAGUGAAAUUAGCACUUCAAUAUGGACGCGGAAGCUGAAGACUUCAACCUCCAGUGGGAGGAAGAAGUUGAAGUAAAGAAAAUGUUUGCUUUCCAGCCAGGGCCGGGUGUUGUUGGAACGGAAGAAGUGAUUACAGGUCUAGAAAACAUGCAACACACACAUUUUGGCACGUUGAAAGUUGAAAAUCAGAUAUAUCCGCAAACAUCUGAAGAGAUGAUGAGUACGGACCAAAUGGCAGCAGAAAACUUAAUGUUUCUGUCUCAAGAUGUAGUGAGUUACACGGAGACUGCUGAGCUAGCCGAUGAUCCCAGUGUCGAAUGUGUCACUGAAGAAGUCAUCACAGAUGAUUGGGUGAUACCCGGUGGUCAAGAAAGGUACCAAGUUGAAGUUCCUAUGGAUCAUUUAAAUCACCCUGAUAUAGUAUUAAAGGAAGAGAAUGAACUUGAUGUUCCCUUGCCAACAGACCAGGAUGAAUACACAGCGAUGCGGCCGUGGCCCUGCGACUUCUGUUCGCGGCGGUUCCGCAAGAAGGCUGCCUUAAUGAACCACAUGGUGGCUCAUCAGAAUGAUCGACCGCACGCCUGCAAUUUAUGCGGCGUGCGAUAUGUACGCAAGUGCGAUCUCAUGAAUCAUCUCAAAGUUCACGCCUAUGUGCCUGACAACCCCGACUCCAUAGAUUAUGAAGAUGUUCUAGACAAUAACCAAAUCGUAAAACCAAAGAAGAAACGAGGUCGACGGAAAAAGAAUCCUGAGCCAGUGGAAGAAGAGAACGGUAUGUGGGAGAACAUGACGUCAGCGCGCACGCAGCAGUGGUCGCGUCGCGCGCGGUCCCCUGCGCGGCCGCCCCCCUCGCCGCCGUCCCCCGCGUCCGAGCCCGCGCCCCCCUCGCCGCCGCCGCCACCUACCGACCCUUCGCGACCCUUCGUCUGUCGCCACUGCGGGGUCGGAUUUGCCAGGGAAAAGGCACUACAGUCACAUGCCCGGGUGCACGGCGGUGACUCCCCGGUGGAGUGCUCGUCGUGCGGCGAGCUGUGUUGGUCGCGCGAGGCACUGGCCACGCACAUGCAGCAGAGACACCCGCAUCUACCGCCGCGGACUGAACAACAGGAACAACCCUUCGAAGACUCCGACUCCGGUGACGACAUGGAGUUCCGUCUGUCUCCGCUGUCGCACGGCGGGGGCGAGCGCGCCGUGUACGACACGAUGCGGGGGCCCGAGCUCUUCUGCCAGGACUGCGGCGUCGCCUUCCAGAGGGCAGACCUGCUCCGGAGACAUGUCGCCGCUGCGCACAGCUACAAGCGGCACUGCGACAGUUCGAGCAGUACGUGGGCGGAGCACACGUGCGACGUGUGCGGCGAGGGGUUCACGGACGCGCUGCAGCUGCUGGCGCACGCCGAGGGACACGCCGAGAGACAUCGCGCGCCCUCCGCCGCGCCCAGAUUAAAAAGAAUGUCUAGAGGUCGAAAUAAUGCUGCGUCAUCGAAUACUGCCCGUCAAUUCCCAUGUAGAGUGUGUGGCAAAGUGUUUGGUUCGCGGAGUUCGCAACAGAUUCACAUCCGGAUCCACACCGGCGAGCGACCGUACGCGUGCCGGUUCUGUUGGAAAGCCUUCGCAGACGGCGGGACUCUACGGAAACAUGAGAGAAUACAUACAGGAGAGAAGCCGUACGCGUGCGCAGUAUGUCCGCGCGCCUUCAACCAACGCGUCGUGCUCCGGGAACAUGUCCGCUCGCACCACUCCGCGCCCGACCGACGCGCUAACGGUGGUCCCGCGUAUUGUUGCGUAGUGUGUGGACGUACUCUACACUCCAGCGCGGAGCUCGUGCAACAUCUCAUACAACACUGCGACGCAAACACCGCGCUCAAGAGGCAACCACAGACGGGCCCACGGAAAUAUAAGAGGCGGCGAAAAUUAAAGACAGAACAAUCACCGACCCCUCGCGAUUGGGAACGUAACUCGCCAUCCCCACCGCCAGCGUCUCGGUCGCCGUCGCCCGCCUCGCACGCCUCCGACCCUCUGGAGACGUCCCCCGUGCCCCCCUCCCCGCCGUCGCCCGCGUCCCCCGCUCGGCGCAGGCGGCGGCGCGCGGCGGCCGGGCCGCGGCCGCGCAUGAUCCACACGCAGGAGGCCGGCCGGCCCCGCCGCCGCGCGCCCGGCCGCCGCCCCACGCCGCCGCCGGGCCGCGCGCCCUCGCCGCCGCCCCGCGAGCGCAGCGCGCGCCAGCGGCGCCCGCCGCGCCACCCGGCCGACGACCUGCGCGCCAUGCAGCACGCGGAGGCCAGCGAGGCGAGCGAGGCCGAGACUGCGCCGGGCGGUCCGUUCAAGUGCGAGAUGUGUGCGCUGGAGUUCCCGCGGCGCGACGCGCUCCUGCUGCACGUGCCGGUGCACAUUUGACGGCCGCGGGUGCUCCGCCGGCCCGCGCCCGCGGACCCUGCGCCGCCCGGCGAGGGCUGAGCGACGAAUCUCCACUGAAUACAGAUGCGGCGAUAGUGUACCGUGUGCACGUCUUACUCGAAGCUCACUGGUGUGACUUAUUUUUGUGUCUGUGACUCUCAAAAAACUUGUAGCUCUGGAAAUCAUUGACAUCAUUAUAAAUGUUAAUAAUUCACUAUAUACAAUACCUAUAUGUUGUAUAAAAGAUAAAUGUUAUGUGAAGCCAUUAUUUGAUGUUUAUAUUAUGUAGCAAUCUGUACAUUGUGAUAGAUUAACAAUUUUGUAUGACUGCCAUUCAAUAAUUUUAUUUCUUAUGCAUGUUUGAUAUGUUUCUAAUAAUUAUGAAAUCACCAAAUGAAUGAAGUUGUACAAGAAUAUUCGUUUAAUAGUAAUAUGAUCCGUAAAAUUUGCAUACAAAUAUAAACAUAAAGAAAAUUUAUUAGAGGCUACAUAAAUUCAAAUGUUUGCUGGUCAAGGAUUACAAACGAUUCAAAAGUGAGUGAUUAUUAUAAUUCUAAAACGUUUUAUUUUACAGAAUGGAUUCACACAGAAUAUUUGUUUUGAAUUAAAACCUAAUUCUAUGCAUACUUUGUUGUACGACUAGACUAAUGACUAAAUGACUGCUGACUUGACUGUUUCGUUACAUUACCGAGGUGUGUUGGGUAUCAAGUGAAUUGUUGUAUUAUACUAAUUGACUGAUUUAUUGAUUAGUUCAAUGUAAAUUUAUUAUAUUCUAGGGGUAAAAUUAUGUACAUAAUAUGUAUGUAAUAAUUAAAUUUGUGACAGUUUUGAUGUUUUCAUUGUUUAGUACAAAUUCUGUAUGUUUUGGGGUUUUUUUUACGGUUUUUAUCCAUUUUAUUGUGAUAUAGACAUUAACAAGAUGUUGUGCCAUGUAAUGGUGAUGAACUGUCUUGCUUUCUCCUAUUUAAGACAAGCAUUAUCUCUAAUCUGGAAUAGAAAUUGUUAAUUAAACUUCCUACUUGAAACAAAAUUAUUAUUUCUUAUACUCCUAGUAUUAAAAACAUUGUGCAAUACAUUCCCCAAAAUACAUGGUAAUUAUGUAUGCCUUUCUAAAAUGUAUGUAAGAAUUCUGUUCUUUGUUUUGGAAUGAGAUAAGGAUCAAUACUAUUGUACAUAAUAUACUGAAAUAAAACGUUAAUAUGCGAUGUAAUAA